AACCAGCCGCGUCGCUGGCGCUUUUCCAGUCUGGACUCGUCGCCUCGCAGAGCUUAUCUCCUCAGCUUCUCUUGAGUAAUCCACAUCCCCCGACCUCCACCUACUGCCCAGGUAGCACGACCUCCCCACAUCUCCCCGCAUCACUCGCAGCCCUGGGACACGCCGCCACUGCCGCAUGCGCCCGCCGUCGGCACUCCACCAGAUCUCCUGCACCACCGGGCAUGGCGCGGGCUCCACACCAGCUCCCCCCGACACUCCGCCGGAUCUCCCGCACCACCACCGGGCCAUCCAUGGCGCGGGCUCCAACACCCGCUCCCCCCGCUUCCCCGGGCAUGGCGCGGGCAGUUGGGCGGCCAUGCUCAUGCCCAGCACCGGUAGUCUCGUUGAGCCGUCUCUUCCAGGAGGUCGCGCAUCGGAAGAAGGCCGUCUCCCCCAAGAAGAAGUACCGGCGGCCUACCCUCGUCGCCACUAUCCGCCGCCGACCGUACCUGGAUGGAUGCCUCCUCGAGGCCAAGCUUGUGCGUGGCUGCGGCAAUCCGGCUUUCUUGGCAUCAACACAGUCUGCAUACAUCCAGUACUCUAUCCACCAAAUGCGCAUUGUCGGUUGUGCAUUACGGCCUCUGCUUCCCUUCGUCGCGCCUGAUGCAUGCCAUGGCGCCCGCGCCCUCAAGCUCCAGCAGCAGCCCCGCCUUCCCGCGUCGCGCCGCAGCCCGCGUUCCUCUGCUUCGACCGCGCCCUCGCGCCCGACACUCGCGCCGGCCCCUCGCCACACCGGCGACCACCAAGAACACCGCCACCUCCUCGCCUCCGCUUAGUGCAUGUCGGCAGGAGCGCCACCACCAUACUUCCUCCUGACCACUGCGGCAAGCAGCAGCGCCUUCCUUGGCUUCUGCGGCGUGGAUGCCGGCGCCAAGCGGCGGCGUGUACCCAUCAGUGGAGGCUGCGGAUGGAUAAGAGCCAGUACAAAAUAAGGAUUAAGGACUGCAGGCUGAAUUCCAACUAAUGCAGGGUUUUUUUUGCAAAAACAAAACGUUUUUCUAGAGUGCCACUUAAACAGGGACUGCAGGUUGAUUUCAAAGGAACGUAGGGGCUUUUUCAUAAAAACGCCGACAACGUACGACCAGAAGCAAUAUUUGCUUUAUUAGUAGGGAAAGAUAUGUUUGUUUGAUGUUUUUAUUAUGUACUUCCACCUUACUAAAGAACUGGUUCACCGAAAUGAGUUUCAUAUACUAGUACAUGCUAAACUUGUUA